CUCACAUUUGCUCGCUGAUCUCUUUCUCAUCUCAUCGGAUUCAACCAUGGCGGCCGAGACGGAGACCUUCUCUUUCCAGGCGGAGAUCAACCAGCUUCUCAGCCUCAUCAUCAACACUUUCUACUCCAACAAGGAGAUCUUUCUUCGCGAGCUCAUCAGCAACUCCUCUGAUGCACUGGACAAGAUCCGGUUCGAGAGCCUGACGGAUAAGAGCAAGCUCGACGCUCAGCCGGAGCUCUUCAUCCAUAUCGUGCCCGACAAGGCCACGAACACCUUGUCCAUCAUCGACAGCGGUAUCGGCAUGACGAAGUCUGAUCUCGUCAACAAUCUCGGUACCAUUGCUCGGUCUGGCACCAAGGAGUUCAUGGAGGCUCUCACUGCUGGGGCUGACGUCAGCAUGAUAGGCCAAUUCGGUGUUGGGUUCUAUUCGGCGUAUCUGGUGGCUGAGCGCGUGGUGGUCACCACCAAGCACAACGACGACGAGCAGUACGUUUGGGAGUCGCAGGCUGGUGGUUCGUUUACGGUUAGACGGGAUACCUCAGGGGAGAGCCUCGGAAGAGGCACAAAGAUGACUCUUUUCCUCAAGGAGGACCAGUUGGAGUAUCUCGAGGAACGGCGCCUGAAAGAUUUGGUCAAGAAGCACUCCGAGUUCAUCAGCUAUCCCAUCUCCCUGUGGACCGAGAAGACCACAGAGAAGGAAAUCUCAGACGACGAGGAUGAAGAAGACAAGAAAGACACCGAGGAAGGUAAGGUGGAGGAAGUCGACGAGAAGGAAGAGCAAGAGAAGAAGAAAAAGAAGAUCAAGGAGGUGUCCCAUGAAUGGUCCUUGGUCAACAAGCAGAAGCCGAUUUGGAUGAGGAAGCCCGAAGAGAUCACAAAGGAAGAGUACGCUGCCUUCUACAAGAGUCUCACCAACGACUGGGAAGAGCAUCUCGCCGUGAAACACUUCUCCGUGGAAGGCCAGCUUGAGUUCAAGGCCGUCCUGUUCCUGCCAAAGAAGGCUCCUUUCGAUCUAUUCGACACGAAGAAGAAGCACAACAACAUCAAGCUCUACGUUCGCCGCGUCUUCAUCAUGGAUAACUGCGAAGAACUGAUCCCCGACUACCUGAGCUUCGUCAAGGGGAUCGUGGAUUCCGAAGACCUCCCACUCAACAUCUCCAGAGAGACGCUCCAGCAGAACAAGAUCCUCAAGGUCAUCCGCAAGAACCUGGUCAAGAAAUGCAUCGAGCUCUUCUUCGAGAUCGCCGAUAACAAGGAGGACUACGACAAGUUCUACGAGGCAUUCUCGAAGAACCUCAAGCUCGGAAUCCAUGAGGACUCGCAAAAUAGGUCUAAGAUCGCCGAACUACUGAGGUUCCACUCCACCAAGAGCGGGGACGAGAUGACGAGCCUCAAGGACUACGUUACGAGAAUGAAAGAAGGCCAGAACGACAUCUACUACAUCACCGGCGAGAGCAAAAAGGCAGUGGAGAACUCUCCCUUCCUCGAGAAGCUAAAGAAGAAGGGCUACGAGGUGCUCUUCAUGGUGGAUGCGAUCGACGAAUACGCCGUCGGUCAGCUGAAGGAAUUCGAGGGGAAGAAGCUGGUGUCCGCCACCAAGGAAGGGCUGAAGCUGGAGGAGAGCGAGGAGGAGAAGAAGAAGAAGGAAACCCUGAAGGAGAAGUUCGAGGGGCUGUGCAAGGUCAUCAAGGAGGUGCUGGGCGACAAGGUGGAGAAGGUGGUCGUGUCGGAGCGUGUGGUCGACUCGCCCUGCUGCUUAGUCACCGGCGAGUACGGGUGGACGGCGAACAUGGAGAGGAUCAUGAAGGCGCAGGCCCUCAAAGAUUCGAGCAUGUCGGGGUACAUGUCGAGCAAGAAGACGAUGGAGAUCAACCCGGAGAAUCCGAUCAUGGAGGAGCUGAGGAAGAGGGCGGACGCCGACAAGAACGACAAGUCGGUGAAAGAUCUGACGCUGUUGCUGUACGAGACGGCGCUGCUCACCUCGGGCUUCAGCCUCGACGACCCCAACACGUUCGGCAGCCGGAUCCACCGCAUGCUCAAGUUGGGCCUGAGCAUCGACGAGGAUGACAAGGGGGGAGAAGACUCCGACAUGCCUGCGCUCGAGGAAGGUGGCGAUGAGGAGAGCAAGAUGGAGGAAGUCGACUAAGCUUUGCUCUGUGAUGGGUUUUUUGGGUUGCCUGACAACUUUUGGAAUCGUCGAACUAGAUUUAAACUCCAAGAGGUCGAGUUAAAAGUAAUUUUCGUUUAAAAUGCUGUUAAAACUUUGAUGUUAUUCUUAUCAGAUUGACAAUCUCUAUUAAGUAUCGAAAAUAUUACUUA